UGAAAACCCAGAAGAGAAAAGCGGGAUUAAAUGCUUCGAUUUCCUUCAUUUUUGUCCUUUGCCUCAGCCAUGUCGGUUUCACCGGAAUUUAUGGGUCAGAAAACGGCGACGCCGGACAAGCCAAGCUUCAAGCGAACUUGUAGUUUGUUGAGUCAGUACUUGAAGGAGAAAGGUGGCUUUGGGGAUCUAACUUUGGGAAUGACAGGCAACGUUGAAUCUAAUGUGGCACCGGAGGUUGUCCGUCCGACCAUGAGUUUGUUCCCUAUGGAUCAGAUAUCUAGCGGGAAUGUUGGAGGUCCGAGGAGCGUGAAAUCCAUGGAUUUGUUCCCCCGACAAGAUGGUUUUUCCAUGCCGGCGGCUCCCACGGACAAUGCUCCGAAAAGGGUUAAUUCUAUUGUUAAUAGCUCGAACAAGUGUGCUGCAAUGGAGCCUCAAUCUGCACCGAUGACUAUCUUUUACGGUGGACAAGUGAUGGUGUUCAAUGAUUUCCCGGCAGAGAAAGCAAAGGAAAUUAUGCUUUUGGCUACCAAGUGCAGCUCCCAAAACAAUUUCAACCUGAAUCCGGAAACAAACAUUACUUCUAGCAUGCCCGGCACCCCGAAUGAAUCGGGCAUCGUAGUUCCCCCGACCUCAAAUGGUGUUCCUAAUCUCAGGAACAAUGUAACAAGUCAAGAAAGCAUUCAACCAGCUCAGCAGCGAUCCGUUGCUGGAGAUCUACCAAUUGCUAGAAGGGCUUCCCUUCAUCGAUUCCUCGAGAAGAGAAAGGAUAGGAUCACCUCAAAGGGUCCAUACCAGGCAAGUAACUCGGCAGCCGGAUCGCAAUCGAAGCCCGGAAACAGCAAGCCAUGGUUGGGUUUAGCAGUUGAACCACUGCAGUAGUUUAGGAAUGUAGUUGAUAUGGAAUUUUAAGGAUUGUUCGAGUCUG